CUUAAAGUUUCUUCAAAGACUAACCCCAAGUUCGGAAAAUGCUGUAAACAAGAGAAAAUUGUUCUUCCUUCUCUUCAAGAUCUACCACUAUCAUUACAUCAGCUUUUUGAAGGUCAAGACAAACAAAGCAUAGACUUUCAUGUGAACAUACGCCAGUACAAUGCAGCAUAUACCUUUACUUUGUUAGGUGCAACUAUAGAUCAAACUGUCUUGAAUGGAUGUACACUAUAUUGCUUUUGCAUAUAUGGUGAAUUGUGCUACUGUUCAGACUCACUCCUUCCUGAGACUAACAAGAAUAAUGCAAAUUAUAUACAACUCUACAUUUAUGAUCCUGAUAGUGCACACCAAAUAAGGAUAGAGAGAAAUACUAAUUUAUGUGUGCAGACUAUGUGGAAAAUUCAGCAAAUUCUGCGAGAAUAUCAUACAUUUUACCCCAAGUAUCAACAAGCUUAUGAAAUUCUAUAUCAGGCAUGUGAAGAGGGCACUUGCGAAAUUGAUUUAGCUGUUCUUCUUCAUUGUAAUGCAACAACAGAUCACUGUUGCUACAAUCUUUCUACUUCUAAUAAAAUUGCUAUUAUUUUACCUGGUGAUGGUACUACACCAGAAGAAAUGCACAAUAUUAUAUUUCAUUUGUGGGAUGGGCCACUCGAAUAUUUGUGUCAAGUUGUAUUUGACGAACAUGGACAACCAAUUGAAGAUCCAACUGAUAUAUAUCAAGAGCUUUCUGAUGCAAUAGAAAGUACUGCAAAUGAUCAUCCUGAUAUUUUUGGAAUGAUGACAGCUAAUCCAAAUUGGAAGAAAAUUAAAAGUAAAUUACUAUCCAGGCAAACCUUAGUGGAUAGACCUAAUUUAGUAGUACGCGUAUUUGAGCUUAAGUGUCGUGCUCUUCUUCAUGAUAUUAAAAAUAAUAACAUUCUUAAAAAAGUAUUAGCAUAUGUAUAUACGAUCGAAUUUCAGAAGCGUGGUCUUCUCUACAUGCAUUUUCUAAUGUUUCUUGACCGCAAUGCUAAAAUUAGAGAACUAGAUGAUGUCAACAAGAUAGUAUGCGCAGAAUUUCCUAAUCAAAAGUCAGAUCUAUUGCUUUUUGAUACUAUCUUUUAUUGUAUGAUUAAUGGGCAAUGCGGUUCAUGUAAUUUACGAGCACCGUGUAUAGAAAAUAGAGAUUGUAAAAAGAACUAUCCUAAAAGUUUUAAUAAUAAAACGUGGAUGUUGAUAGAUAUCCACUUUAUACAAGAAGGGAAGAUGAGCGGUCAUGACUAUACUAUUAUGCAAUUUGGACAUGAACCAGAUGAGAUUAAACAGUUCUUUGAUACAAGAUACAUUGGUGUGCCAGAGGCUGCAUGGUGGCUAUUUGGAAUGCAUUUGCAUGAAAAAGUGCCUAAUGUU